AAACAAGGCCAGGAGAGGAUAAUAUUGUAGGUCACAGACAGAGGUUUGUGCAGUCUGCCCAACUUACAUAAAUCUAACAGACCAACAUAUCGGCUAAGGUUUUUUUUUAUCAUGUUUUUUAAUAUAACUGUAGUAUAAAAAGACAAAUGAAAUCUAAAUCUCUUUCUUAUUGGUGGAUUAGAGGAAGAGAUUAACUGUAAAUAAGACAGACAUCAUUCUUUCUUUUUUUUUUCUCUCCUGAAAAGGAGGUUAGGGUUUUGCAGCUCUUGAUUCGGACGUUAGUUGAAUGAAAAGCCGGCCACAGGAUGCCCAGCUGUUUGUUUUUCAAUGUUUUUGUAUGUAAAAAUAUGGAAGCAGCAGUGAUCCGAACACCACGGAGACACGCGGGCAAGUGGAGCUGCGGUCUAACAGGAAAUGACGUCCGUUCGUGUUCGUCCUUUCCAGAAAAAAUGGCAGCUGUUGACAUCGACGUGCCGGUGGACAUGGAGCCCCAAAUCCGUAAUUCGGAGGACCUCGAACGGCAAGCUGAAGGCUUCAAAGAGCAAGGAAAUGCAUUCUACAGCCAGAAGGAUUACUCAGAGGCUUUCAACUACUACACUAAAGCCAUUGAUGCAUGCCCCAAAAAUGCCAGUUAUUACGGCAACAGGGCGGCCACCCUCAUGAUGCUCUACCGCUUCAGAGAGGCCUUGGAGGAUUCCCAGCAGGCUGUGCGCCUUGACGACUGUUUCAUGAAGGGUCAUCUGCGAGAGGGAAAGUGCCACCUGUCUUUGGGCAAUGCCAUGGCAGCUAGUCGCUGCUUCCAGAAGGUUUUAGAGCUGGAGCCCAGCAACAGAGAGGCCCAGCAGGAGAAUAAGAAUGCGGCGACUCUGCUGGAGUUUGAACGGAUGGGAGAUUUUGGUUUUCAGAAGCGAGAUUUUAGAAAGGUGGUGUUCUGUAUGGAUCGGGCCUUAGGUGUUGCUUCUGCUUGCCACCGCUUCAAAAUCCUCAAGGCUGAGUGUCUGGCUCUGCUGGGGCGAUAUCCAGAAGCCCAGUCUGUAGCGAGUGACAUCCUGCGACUGGAUUCCACUAAUGCAGACGCCCUCUACGUCCGAGGCUUGUGUCUGUAUUACGAGGACUGCAUUGAUAAAGCUGUGCAGUUCUUUGUCCAGGCUCUACGCAUGGCACCUGACCACGAAAAGGCCCGGCUAGCCUGCAGGAAUGCCAAAGCAUUGAAGGCCAAGAAGGAGGAGGGCAACCAAGCCUUCAAGAUCAACAACUUCGAAGCUGCAUAUCAGCUGUACACGGAGGCCCUGACGAUAGACCCCAACAACAUCAAGACCAACGCUAAACUGUACUGCAACAGAGCCACAGCAGGAGGAAAGCUGAAUAAAGUCAAUCAAGCGAUAGAAGACUGCAGCAGCGCGAUCAAACUAGAUGACACUUACAUCAAGGCCUACUUAAGAAGAGCUCAAUGUUACAUGAACACGGAGCAGUAUGAAGAGGCAGUGCGUGACUAUGAAAAGGUUUACCAGACAGAAAAAACUUCAGAUCACAAACACCUGCUAAAGACGGCACAGCUGGAGCUGAAGAAGAGCAAGAGGAAAGAUUACUAUAAGGUGCUCGGGAUCGGAAAGAACGCCACCGACGACGAGAUCAAAAAAGCGUACCGCAAACGGGCUCUCAUGCACCACCCAGAUCGUCACAGCGCAGCGACUACUGAGGUGCAGAAGGAGGAGGAGAAGAAAUUUAAGGAGGUUGGAGAGGCGUUCACUGUGCUGUCUGACCCGAAGAAGAAGGUCCGCUAUGACAACGGACACGACCUUGAUGAUGAUGGCAGCUUUGAUGGUAGAGACUUUGACGCAAACAACAUCUUCAGGGCUUUCUUUGGUGGUCAUGGGGGAGGAUUUAAUUUUGAUUCUAGUCCAGACUCUGGACCUGGAAAUUUCUUUUUCCAGUUUGGCUAAAGCAAAGGACCCCGCAGUGGACAAAAUCAAGCUGGACCCACAGUCACCUCCUGAUGCUCAAACUCCCGAGUGUCUCACUAAAAUCCCCCCUACCUCUUCUUUCAGAGGUGUUUGAUUACUGCAUUCACUCCUAAAUUUACUCCACACAUUGAUGCUAACAAAACACUUGGAUGAUGUGCGUAGGUUUCAGUCCUGAGCUAACAUGAUAAGUACGAAGUUCAUAUGGAAUGUUUUGUAAGAUCAGCUAAUAAGAACAUGCCCCUUCUGCCAAAAUGAAAAUGAAAGGAAACCCAGUCUUGUAAAACUGUCUCAACAGUCGUUCAGGAGAUCAGUGGUUUUAAAUGUAAGCAUCAUGGGUUGAUUCAUUUUAGAAGACCUAAUGUGGUCUAAAUAUUUAAGGUUUUCCUUGGAUAGCAUGUAAAGAGCAAGAGUCAAUGUACUGUGGAAUUUAACGUCAAAAACCGACCUCAGGACAGUCUGUUUAGGACAACUCCAGCCACUUACGAGUGUUUGUCCAGGUUUCAUUGGCUCACUUGCCAAAUUGACUUGCAGGGUUUUUUUGUUUCUUCACCGUUUGUCCGUGCUGCAUUGUAAAUUUGACUCGAAUGUAAAUCAUUUUGUGUCCAUAAAUCUUUCUUUUCCCGUUCUCCCUUGGUUUAUUUAUAUUUAUUGUACUGUAUAUUGUGUAUUAUAUACAGCAGAAUGCCAGUGUUCAUUGUCUUCCUCUCUUUUUUUUUUGUUGUUAGACUCCUAUGUUAAUCUUUUCACAACUUCCUUUUUGCUCUCAAUUUGUGAAAGUCUUUUUUUCUAAAAAACAAAACAAAAAAAAAAGAAGCCAAAAUCAGCUUUCAUACACCUGCAGAUGUUUCUUUUCUUAAAAGCACAGACCACACAUCUGUCCUACUGACCCACUCAAAUUCAAAUGGUGCCUUACCAGAACGAGAAGAUCAAACUUAACCUUCAAAAGCUUCAGAGAAAGCAGCAUCCGAUUUUCAAAAGGCAGCAGUAACACAAGUAUGGCAAGUUUUUUUAAUUUUCUACAUAGGACAACUUUUUUUCAGAUCUGGCCAGUUUGUAAAAUUCAAUUUAAAUCCUACAUUCUCCCUAAACAUGAAAAACUUGUUUUUUUAUGUCAUAGAUCACACCAAAUCUUUCUCCACCUAUACCCGUCAUGCAUGUUCUGUAAGUACAGCCCUUCCCCUACCUGUUCCACCUGUUUUAAAGGGGCACUAAGAGUAGGUUGGAAGCUUCUGUUGUUAAUUGUUCUUUCACUGAUCUGUGUAUUAUUUUUACAACGUGUCAGUGUUAACAAGACAUGCUUUCUUAAUGCAACAAUAAAGGCUCAUCUUUUACUGUAA